CCUCUUCCAUAUUUAGUGCUCGAGAUAUUGCAUAUAAUCGGGCCAUUAUGGUAGAGGAUUAGCAUUGAUUCUUUCCAUGUAUAUCUUGUACAUUGCCUAUAUAUAUGAGAUGACAGGAAAGCCACGAGUGUGUGGGCAAUCAUUCUCUCUCUAUUUCCUCUUUCAUGGUAUCAGCCAAACGAUCUUCCGCGCCUAUCCACCUCCACUACCGCCGCCGCCCCCGGGCUGUGCGCCGCGACACCUCUCCACCACCCUCCGCCGCCGCCAUGUCCGACGCCGGCGUCCAGCCUCAUCCCCACGCCGCCCUAUGGGCUCAAGCCACCGCCGUCCAGAACACCAAGAGCCUCAUACCGGUCACCCUCGACCUCAAGGCUUCGAACUUCACCAAGUGGCGGAAUUUCCUCCAGAUCGCCGUCACCCAAUACGCCCUCGCUCAUCACCUCUCCACCGCUACUCCUCCGGUCGACGAGGAGUGGCAGCGGAUGGACUCCACCGUCAUGCGUUGGUUGUACGGCUCCAUCACGCCGGACAUCGCCGACAUGGUCAUGGCCGCGGGCAGCACGGCCUUCGCCGUUCUCGGCGCCAUCACCGCCCUCUUCCGCGACAACCAGCAGGCGCGCGCGGGCUACCUCGGCCAGAAGUUCCGCAACAUCGAGCAAGGGGACAAGAGCGUCACCGCCUACUGCCUUGAGCAGAAAACGGCCGCCGACGCCCUCGCCGACGUCAACGCCCCGGUCUCCGACGACGCCCUGGUGUGGAACACCAUCAAGGGUCUCAACGACCACUACAAGGACAUCGGCAACCUCGCGCCCCUCCUCACGCCCUUCCCCACCUUUAUGCAAUUCCGCAACAUGCUUCUUCUCCAGGAACUCAAGCCCUCCUCCACGCGCUCGUCCUCGCCCUCGGUCUACUACGCCACCCCUCCUGCUGGGGGUCCUCGCGGCGGCCCUGCUCCUCCACCGCCGCAGCCUCACGUUGGGCGCCCCGUCUUCGGCACCCCGGCCCCGGCUUACGGCGCUCCUGGAAACGGUUCUGGCCGCAACAAGGGCAAGAAGAAGUCCUACGGGGCUGGCCACGCCCCCGCCUUCCCGAGCCUGCAGCACCCCUGGACCGGCGCCAUCUACAUGCACCCGAUGGCUGGUCCUAGCCAUGGCGCCGGCCUCCUCGGCCCGCGCCCCCAUGCCCUGCCACCACGCCCAGCCCAAGGCUUCAUGGCGAUGCCUGCUCCGUCGUACGUGCCCCCAUCGCCCGCGACGUUCACCUACAACGGCUACCAGGCCUACGGCGCUCCCUCGACACCGACAUGGGAUCCCUCCGCCCUCGCAAACUACUUCAACACCAUGAGCUUGCAGGCUCCCCAGGAGUGGGUCAUGGAUACUGGAGCAUCCGCGCACAUGUCUUCGGACGCCGGAUCUCAGGACAGGGGCCGUGAUUCUCAGGUGCAGUAGCUCGGGGGACCUCUAUCCAGUCACCGCCUUGCCGCACGCCCUCACCGCCGUCACCGCCGACUCCACGCUUUGGCACCGGCGUCUUGGUCACCCUGGCCCCGACGCGUUCCGACGUCUUAUUUCGUCCACCUCGCUCCCCAUUAAUAAAGUG